GCAGGAUUCCAAUUCGUCAUUGUUGGAGCGGUGCAGAAGCGGUCCAGCCACAAGGCAUGAUCCGCACACAUCGUCACCCCACUAGAAUGCUUAUCCUGCAGGGCUUGGGAGAAGGUUGAGCAUAUACAUAUGCCGGGGUUCGUCGAUUACUGCUGCCUCAGACCUCCACUUUCUAGACAAUCGCGAUGGCUUCACAGUUGCAAGAGCCUUUGGUGGCUCGCUCUGGCUCCUCGGUACACUCACGAGAGGAAGAUGAGUUUACGACUCCGCAAGAGGAAAAUCCACUAGAUGUCGCCUCAACUUCGUCGAUACAGCAUACACCCAGUGUGAUGCAGAGACACGACCCGCUCGAUGAUAUGACAAUACACCACGACCAGCCGGACGAACCCCCGCCGCCCUACGAGCCUCUGCCGGACGCCGACGCACCGCAAAUUGCACCCAUAGAAUACAGCUGCGAAAAUAGCCCUCAAUUGCUUACCAACCCGCCAGACGACUUUCCAGAACCACCGCCGCGCAAUCGCGCCAGAUUGAGCGCCACGCAACCUCCAGAGUUCAGCCCUGUUGACUCGCCCAGAAGCCCAACAAGCCUAAGCGAUCCCACGCUGGUGCCGGCGCCGCUCCAGCUACGACCAACAUCAUCAAGUCAAAGCAUUCCUCGCCGGCCUCUAGCCUCUCGAACAUCAGAAACGGCAACAACGUUCUCCUCUGCGAAAGCGCGCGAAGCCGGCUUUGAGAUCCAGCAGCCCCCUUCCCCGAGGCGGACCGAAUCCAGCAGCAGUCUUCCUAGCAUAACCGUGCUGCCUUCCACGGAUGCUUUGAAGCAUACGCUAGAACCUGGCAAAGCUACAGCAUACCUCAUUCCCUUUCCGAAACCUCGCUUAAAGGGCGUGAAGGUAGAAGAUAUUCCAGAGCGCUUCCUUGUAUAUACACCACCCCUUCCUCCGCUUUUGAAGCCUGCGCCAGGCGAAAAAGAGAGCCACUGGCACAAGACGCAGAGGCUAUGGCAAGAAGAUGUACGAAAAGCCACCAUAUCCAACGCUUCCGUGGCAACAUGGAAGGGCAUCAAAGCAAAAUCGACCUCCCUAAUCCACAAGGGCGUGAACCUAACGAGGUCUACCAAUGUUGAGUUUCUCGACAGAGUCUCAGGAGGAGCGGUCACGUCUACAACUGAGGAUAUACCUCCGCAAGACGCCGAAGACACGAACCCGAAUGCAACAGCCGCACCAGAGCCAUCUACAGCGGAAUCGCCGCGAGAAGGGCCGCUUUCUCCUGGGCCACCUAGUCGAACUUCAUCCAGCAUAUCAAUCGGCAAAGACGCCAAACCCAAGCCACUAGAAGAACUCACACUAAUAUUCCCGCCUUCCCUCCAUCUUACGCCCGAACAGAUCCGUACGGAGUUCGUCGACAACCUCAUGCGCGCGCGGGACAAAUCACGCAAGGACGCCUUUGUCGCUUCAGCGCUACUACCGUUCGCUGCCGCCGUAGACGCCUGCGUCAUCGUCACCUUCGGCGGUCUAACGCAGAUUUCCGGCGUCUGGGCAUACACUUCAACGCGCGGCGCAAUGACCAGCAACAAGCUGACGCGAAAGAUCACGCGCGGCGAGCAGCAAGCGGCGGAAGAGGCAGACACAGAGAUCCGCGGGUGCACAUGCGGCUACCACCAUCAGGAAUUCGGCUGUCCAGAAGCCGUCCCCAAGCACAAGCAGAAAGGCAAGAAGAAGAGCAUCAAUCUCCAGAUGCAGCAGAACUCGCAUCUCGAGAUUCUGCGCCGCUAUCUCGAUCUCGCGUGCCUGAAGAGGGAGUUCAAUAUGUUCCCGCAGAUCGAGGAGGCUGCUGGAGAUGUCAACGAGGAGUCGGUGCUUGAAGCGAUCGGUUGGCGGCCCACGAGACGCCACGGAAGGGAUCUCGAAGUCGAAUUUAAAGAUCGCGUCGAGAAGCUCACGCCUGAGCAGGACGAACAGUACCAGCAAAAGGAGGCGAGAGACGACGUGAAGAGGUAUUUGCGGAAAGGCGCGGCGGAAUGGGUCGCCUGGUGUAAGGCCUUCCAGAAGGAUCCUGAAGCUGCGCUGAAAAAGUGAACCGCUGCGCCUCUGUGGCUUCUCGAACGCAGCGCAAUGCACUUUACACUUCGGAGCUACUGUGCGCAUUAUCGCCGAAUGAUCUUACUAGACGAGCCGGCGAUCCUGGUUUCUCAAAUGAAAGAGGAGGGUUUCGGUGUCAUCCUCCAGUGCUCGCACAUGAUAUCCCGUUUCUUAUCCUCCUUUCUCUUCCUUUCUUUUCGACU